AUGAAAACGUUAAAACGAAAACAUGACAUGAUCGAUGACUCCAAUAAUGAUCGAAUAAUAAAGGUCGACAUUCCAGAGUUAGAUAUUUUAUAUAAGAUCGAACUAGGUUCUGAUAUAGAUAUAGAAAGAAUAAACCAUGGGAGAAAUGACCAUUUACAAUUGGAAUCUGUGUUUUCAUCUUUUUUAACACAAAAGAUGUAUACUCUAAUUAGGGAGAAGAAUUUUAAUUACGAAACUUUUGAAGAAGCAAUGAAAUCGCAUUAUACUGAUUCUGGAAAAUAUAUGGGCACAGCCAAUAAGAAAUUUAUGUUAAUGGAAGAUAGGUAUCAAUUGAAUGAGCUUGGCCAGAUAACAGAUAAAAGAAAUGAUUACAAGUUGAUUGUUCCUCCAAAUCAGAUUUACGAUCUAAUCAUGCAUUGUCAUUUCUUAAAUGAUCAUUUAGGUUCAACAAAAAUUCAUCAUAGCUUAAGGGAAAAAUAUUCGAAUAUAUCAAGAGCAUUAGUACGGCUGUCAUUACAAAAUUGUUCGCACUGUAAUCCAAAAAGCACAUAUAAACAUAUUGAGUAUACUCGUCAUUUUUCAUGUGAUAAGAACUUUGCAUUUGAGAAAAUUCAUGUUGAGAUAUUCCAACCUUUUGAAGAUGUCGAUACUUUUGCCAACAAAUUUUCUCACGUUAUCUAUAUACGUGAUUAUUUUACAAGGUAUGUUUGGCUAUACCCAUUAGAAAAAAUAUCCGUUAAAGAACUUGCGAACACUUUAGCAACUCAUUUAUUGUUAUCAUUAAGAAUACCAAUUUAUAUCGAAUCACUGACCCUCGAUGAAUCAAAUCUUUUAAAGAUAUUAAAAAGAAUUUCCAAAACGACAAAUUUGAUACUUGGCGUUGGUACAACAAAACUUGAUGAAUUUCAAGCUAGUGGUAUUAACCACAUGAAAGAGCUUUUUGUACAAAAUAGGGAAUAUUGCGGCAAUAAUUGGAAUAAGUAUGUUAUACGAUGCCAAAAUCAUUAUAAUACUACUUAUAAUAAGUGGAUCUAUGGUAUCCCUUUAAAUUUAAUGGCACAGGAAACAUUAGCUGAUAAUAAGACCUACAAAAAAAAAAGACAAAGAACAAUACUUCUUACAUUAUCAAAGAAUACCAUACUGUUGAAAAAUGGAAAAUCUGCCUUAUACAAGGAAUCUACUGAAAACUCAAUUGAUCUCCAUAUUGAAAAUAGAUAUGAAGAAUAA